AAAAGGCAAUCUGGCAACAAACUGUAGACCGCGUUUUUCAUUCCUCCAUUACUAUUCCUGUCUGUAGUAACCCACGUGUUUCCUCCUUUCACAGAAAAUUCUCAGCAAAUUUUGAUCCAACACCGUGGUCUGAAAUGGUAUCCCCGAAGAAACGCGCAGCGGACAGUAUUGAGAAUGAGGACGUUACGACCCCCAAAAAAGAGAAGAAAACGCCAAAGAAAACUCCAAAGGUUGUCAAGCUGGAGCCUGGAACCCCUAAAUCUCUCGCUGUUCUUAAAAGCCCAGUCCAUGAGACAUCACCACUGGUGGCCACAACAUCUGCUAAGAAAGCCAAGAAGACACCACUCAAGCAAAAAGCAAUGGAAACCCCUAAAAAUGCUAACACUCCACAAGCUGGAAAACUUUCUCAACCAAGCCCUGUUCUAACCAGGUCUGCUAGAAAGAAGAAAGUAGAAGCUAAUGCUUUGCUUGGAACACCUAGUAGUAAGGCGAUUACUCCUACCAAAGCUGUCAAAGGAACAAAUUUGAAUGCCAAGACAACACCGAAAUCACAAAAAAAUACUAAAGGAAAGAAGGAGUUCAAACUUGAACUUGAUGAAGAUGAAGAUGAAGAUGAAGAAAUGGAUAUGGAUUCUGAUGAUUUGGAUUCUGAUGACAACAUGGGUGGCAAUGAUUCUGAUGACAUUGUCUCUGAUGAUGAAAACCUAGAUCAAGAGCAAGUAGAAAGACUGAAAGCAGAGCUCCAGUCAAUCAUUAACAAACCUGUCAGUGGCAAAUCUAUCUUGAAGACUACCAAAACUCCCAUCAAGGUUGCAAAAACUGAGGCUACCAAAACCCCACAACCUGCUCAGAAGGAAAAGAAGGUUGUCGAACAAUCGGUUACUCCUAAGAAGAUAAUUGCCGCGGAAGUUGUUGACGAAGAUGUAUCCGAAAAAUUAACCAAAUCCCCUCAAGCGGAAAAAACUCCAAAGAAGAAAGCUAAAGAGCAGGCGAACGCCUCUCCGAUUAAGUCCUCAGCGAACAUUGAUAACAUUCCAGCGAAAACCCCAGUUAAGGUUAAAGGAGAAGAUGCUUCUGCUAAAACGCCAGCAAAAGAAGCUAUUCCAGUUAAAACACCUUCCAAGGAAACUACUGCCCCUAUAAAGACUCCAGCUAAGGAAGCUGCUGCUCCAGUCAAGACUCCAGCCAAGCAAACUGCUGCUCCUGUCAAGACUCCAGCUAAGGAAGCUGUUCCUGCUCCAGUCAAGACUCCAGCUAAGGAAGCUGCUCCUGCUCCAGUCAAAACUCCAGCUAAGGCUGCUCCUGCUCCAGUCAAAACUCCAGCUAAGGCUGCUCCUGCUCUAGUCAAGACUCCAGCUAAGGAAGCUGCUCCUGCUCCAGUCAAGACUCCAGCUAAGGAAGCUGCUCCUGCUCCAGUCAAGACUCCAGCUAAGGCUACUCCUGCUUCAGUCAAGACUCCAGCUAAGGAAGCUGCUCCUGCUCCAGUCAAGACUCCAGCUAAGGAGGCUGCUCCUGCUCCAGUCAAGACUCCAGCUAAGGAAGCUGCUCCUGCUCCAGUCAAGACUCCAGCUAAGGAAGCUGCUCCUGCUCCAGCCAAGACUCCAGCUAAGGGAGCUGCUGCUGCCCCUAUUAAGACUCCAGCUAAGAUUAAGGAUGUUCCUGCUCCGGUUGGGACGCCGUCUAAAACUUCGACCAAUGAAAAUGAAGCAUCCGUAAAGCAACCUGGAGACAUACCAGUUGAUGAGAAAAAAGCCAUAACUUUAUCCAAGAAGUUGGAAAAAAAGAAAGCAGCUCAAUCCAAGGAAAAUCAAGCACCAAAGGAAAAGACAGAAAGUAAAGAAGUUAAGGAAACUGUGAUCGAAGAUUCGGCAGUUGACGCCAAAGCUGCGAAAGCUCUUGCUAAGAGACUGAAGUGGGCACAAAAGAAAGCUCUGAAGAAAGGGGUGAAAACAGCCGAGUCUAAUGGAGUUGAAACAGAUGACAAUGAAAUCAGUGAUUCCCAAUUGGUUAAGAAAGAAUCCAAUGAAGGAUUAAGCAAAUCUGUCGUGCAUGACAUGAUGAAACAUCUCAGUACUAGACAAGUCGACCGUUCUCCCAAAAAGAAAUCUUAUGCCGCCAUCUCCGAAGAAGAGCGAUCCGUUGAGGUUCGCAAGAAACUUGUUGACAGUGGUAAAACGAACGAAGAAAUCGAGCGAGAAUUACCGAGGAUAAUGAUAGCUAUACAGAGGCGCCUGAAAGACACUCGUUGUCUUAGAUGUCGCCAAAAAGGUCAUAUGCAAAGGGACUGCCCUGUUUCUAAAGGAAGGACUACCAACAAAUGUUAUAAAUGCGGAGACACGACUCACAACGUUAGAGAUUGUUCCAUCAAGGAAGAUGUGUACACGUAUGCGGACUGCUUCAUCUGCCAUCAGACUGGUCAUCUCACUCGAACUUGCCCUAGCAACGCAAAAGGAAUUUAUCCACAUGGCGGUGGAUGCUUUAAAUGUGGUGACAAAACUCACUUGGCUAAACUCUGUCCUGGUGCUAAACGAGCACAAGAUGAUAACGAAGCACCAGAAAAGAUGAAUAAAAAAGCUGUUGUUGGUGUACUGAAUAGCAAGCAAUCAGCUGAUGCAGAUAUCACAGACGUGGUCGUUGAAAAAGCACCAAUUAAAAAAGCAUUGAAACAAGGGAAUAAGAAGCAAGUCGUAAAAUUUUGAAACCUUGACUAGUGGUGUUUUAAAUCUUUAAGCAUUUAUACUAUGCUUUCGGGUUCUUGUGAAUUGACUUAAGAGAAAUACACGGUUCUCAAAGAUAUA